GUGUGUGUUUUGUUUUUUUUUUUUUUGGUGGGGUGAAAACUGCACAAGGCUCGGCUUGUGCGUCUGUGCGUCUGGAGGGGGAAGAGAGAGUCCGGACAACUCGCCUGAAACGGACGGUAGCGCGGAGACAUGAAAGUGUUUUCGUCGGGCUUUGUACGGAAACAAUUUUCUUUUAUUUUUCCCGUGACCUGCGAGAACCCAACCACCACCACCACCACCUCUCUUUUUUUAGGUGUUCAGAGCCGGCGUUUUCGGGUGUCCCCUUAGCUUAGAAUAAUGCGGUUCGGUAUUUUUCCCUAAUUAGGCUGCGACCGGGGGGAAACCAAUCAAGAAUUAUCAUCCGCUGGUGGUGGGAGAAGCUGGGUUCAAAUUGCCGCUGAAAAAAAAAAAAAUCUCCCCCUCCCCACGCCACCGUGGAAUCCAUGGUCUUCAUCAGAAACCCAGAGAGAACUGCCUUCCUCUCAGCCCUCUGACUACGGGACUGCAAAAGCAAAAGACCGAGCACGGGAAACUUGCACGGCCGACACGCCGACGAGCACCAUGUCCACACGAACACCGCUGCCCACGGUCAACGAGCGGGACACUGAAAAUCACACCUCGCACGGCGAUGGGCGCCCCGAGGUCGCCACGCGCCCCGGCCGCUCUGGGGCGCGCUGCCGGAACUCCAUCGCCUCCUGUGCCGACGAGCCGCCUCACAUCGGGAACUACCGCCUCCUCAAGACCAUCGGCAAGGGGAACUUCGCCAAGGUCAAGCUGGCGCGGCACAUCCUCACCGGCAGAGAGGUUGCAAUAAAAAUUAUUGAUAAAACGCAGCUCAACCCUACCAGUCUUCAAAAGCUUUUCAGGGAAGUAAGAAUAAUGAAGAUUUUAAACCAUCCAAAUAUAGUGAAACUGUUUGAAGUCAUUGAAACCGAGAAGACACUGUACUUAGUAAUGGAGUAUGCCAGUGGAGGAGAGGUCUUUGACUACCUAGUUGCACAUGGAAGAAUGAAGGAAAAGGAGGCCAGAGCUAAAUUUAGACAGAUUGUGUCUGCGGUGCAGUACUGUCAUCAGAAGCACAUAGUUCACAGAGACUUGAAGGCGGAAAACCUGCUCCUGGACGCGGACAUGAAUAUUAAAAUUGCCGACUUCGGCUUCAGCAACGAGUUUACGCUGGGCAACAAACUGGACACUUUCUGCGGGAGCCCCCCCUACGCUGCGCCUGAGCUCUUCCAGGGCAAGAAGUACGACGGGCCGGAGGUGGACGUCUGGAGCCUGGGCGUCAUCCUCUACACCCUCGUGAGCGGCUCGCUGCCCUUCGACGGCCAGAACCUGAAAGAGCUGAGGGAACGCGUGCUGAGAGGAAAGUACCGGAUUCCUUUCUAUAUGUCGACAGACUGUGAAAACCUCCUCAAACGCUUCCUGGUGCUAAACCCAUCCAAAAGGGGUACACUUGAGGUGAGAGAAGACAGUGAAAAUCAAAUUAUGAAGGACCGGUGGAUCAAUGCAGGCAGUGAAGAAGAUGAACUAAAGCCUUUUGUGGAACCUGACCUGGAUAUUUCAGAUCAGAAGAGAAUAGAUAUAAUGGUUGGAAUGGGUUACUCUCGUGAAGAAAUUCACGAGUCUCUUGCCCGGAUGAAAUAUGAUGAAAUAACAGCCACUUACUUGCUGCUGGGAAGGAAGUCCUCAGAGUUGGAGGCGAGUGAUUCCAGCUCCAGCAGCAAUCUUUCCUUGGCCAAAGUCAGGCCUAGCAGCGAGCUGAACAACGGCACGGGGCAGUCUCCCUCCCAUCACAAGGUCCAGAGGAGCAUAUCGUCCAGCCAGAAGCAGAGGCGGUACAGCGAUCAGGCCGGCCCCUCCGUUCCCUCUGGGGCGAGCUACCCCAAGAGGAGUCAGACGAGCACCACCGACAACGACCUGAAGGAGGAAGGGGUCCAGCCCAGGAAGUCGAGCAGCAGUGCGGCGGGGGGGCGGGGCGUUGCCCCCCCGAGCCCCAUGCUGGGCAACGCUAGCAACCCCAACAAGGCCGAUAUUCCCGACCGCAAAAAGGGCUCCGCCGCCCCCAGCAAUAACUCGGUCUCCGGAGGGAUGACCCGGAGAAACACGUACGUGUGCAGCGAGAGAAACAGCACAGACAGGCACUCCGUCAUCCAAAACGGCAAAGAGAACAGCACCACCCCCAGCCCGCGCAACCCCGUGGCCUCCACCCACAGCAUCACCAGCGCCACCACGCCCGACCGCCUGCGCUUCCCGCGCGGCACGGCCAGCCGCAGCACCUUCCACGGCGGCCAGCUCCGGGAGCGCCGCACCGCCACCUACAACGGGCCGCCCGCCUCGCCCUCGCUCUCGCACGACGCCACGCCCCUGUCCCAGACGCGCAGCCGCGGCUCCACCAACCUCUUCAGCAAGCUCACCUCCAAGCUGACGCGCAGAAACAUGUCAUUCAGGUUUACCAAAAGAGUCCCAACAGAGUUUGAGAGAAACGGCCGAUUUGAGGGCUCAAGUCGCAAUGUAUCUGGGGAUCAAAAGGACGAAAACAAAGAAACCAAGCCCCGCUCCCUCCGAUUUACCUGGAGUAUGAAGACCACCAGCUCGAUGGACCCUGGCGACAUGAUGAGGGAGAUCCGCAAGGUCCUGGACGCGAAUAACUGCGACUACGAGCAGCGGGAGAGGUUCCUGCUGUUCUGUGUGCACGGCGACGGCCGCGCGGAGACCCUGGUGCAGUGGGAGAUGGAGGUGUGCAAGCUGCCCCGGCUGUCCCUCAACGGCGUGCGCUUCAAGCGCAUUUCAGGAACAUCCAUAGCUUUCAAGAACAUCGCUUCCAAGAUUGCCAAUGAGCUCAAGCUGUAAAGACGAGACGUGGUUUCGGCUGUAAAUUCUUCAAGUAGCAGUUUCAGAAAAGUGUUUUUUCUCCAAAACACUCACAAAGUAUGUAUUGAAAAUAAUAAUGUAUAGAAUAAUGCUUAGGCAAUAAUUUCUUGCAUCUUUGAAAUGGUAUUAUUAUUAUAAUUAUUAUUAUUACUACUAUUAUGGAAAUGAGAAGACUUCUUGAGCUGCUGGAGAUCUGAGGAUGGUUGGAUUGAAGAAUUGAUCUUUUUUAUUUUAAAGUGCACUACAGCAUUAAGUAGCUACUGCAUCCAGCAAGUUCCCUGCGUUCAUUAUUUCUCUGUCCAGCACAGAUGAAAAUAGGACUUCCGAAGAAAGCCUUGCUACCAAUUUUCCUCUCGUAUUGGUUUGCAGCCUGCUAUUAAAAAAAAAAACUAUGAAAAAUAACUGCACAGAUAAGUAUUCAGAGGGUGAAGUUUUCUUCCGCGUGAACCUGGGAAAAAAAAUUACUGAAACUUUUUGGCACCAUAGGCUAAACUUGUGUCCAAGAGCAGAUAAAAAAAAAAAUUAAACUUGCUUGCCAGUACCCAAGGUGGUGAGUUACGUAUCUGAUAGGAGAAUUUGUUGCACAAAUUUUCUGACCAAAUGCAAUUUUGGGAAGUCAUCUUCUCCGAUUCAUUUCCGUAAAUCACUUUUAAACCUGGUGCUCAGGGUUCCCACACAGUUUAUUUUGCAAAAAAAAAACAGGUUUGAAAAGUGUACCUGUGGAAAUCUUCGCGACAUGCAAAAAAAAAAGUAAAAUACGUUUUUUAAGCGCAUGGUAACGAUGCGAUGCGUUAAUGAGCCCUGCGCCGAUUUCGCAGACGCUCUGUGGUGAACAGUUCUGUGAUGUUUGGGAAGCAGUGCAUCAAGCAAUGGAGCUUACUGGGUCCUUAACUUUGGUAAAGACUUUGUAGAGAUCAGCAAGACUUUCUCUGUUUGGCAGAUGUGAAUAUUUAGGCAGAACCUUUUUUAUUGUACGUUUUCAGCUGUAAUUGUAAUUAAAACCAUUUGCAGUCUGACCAGUACACAAGCUGGAUUUGAAAUGGAUCGCCGUUCUGGGACAAUGUUCAUCUAAGUAUGCCAUAUUCAAGCUUUAGUAUUUUUGUUGUUUUUUUCCCCCAAAAAAAAAGUCAGCACUGUUUUACGAAUGUAAAUAAUGUAACUUAGUUUUGCAAAAACUCCAUAUUGUUAUACUUUUUUUUCUUUUUUAAGUCCUGUAAUGAGCCAGGAAAUAUGGAAUUUAUGUAAUUUGUCGCCAGGUAAGGUUCACCAGUGUCUCCAUUAAAACAUCCUAAAAUCUCCUGAG